GGACCAGGCCUCUCUGUCCAGUCAGGGGUCUAUUAAUGGAAUUUACUUUACUGUUCGAGCAUCCAUUGAUUAAUCCAACUAAUGCAAUAGCUUUGAGCUAACUCUUGUGUGCUUAAAUACUGAGUUCUGAGUUGAGGCAUCUAACAGUUUGUCCACUGUCUGUUCCCAUGGAAGAUGUUCAACAGAAACACAAGGAGACUCUGCGGGUACAAACUGAAACGCUGAGAGUGAACACGAUCCUGAUGAGGGAGAAGGUGAAGGUUUUCCAGCUGGUUGAUCGAUACGCUGAGCUCACGGUCAUUUCUACUGUUCGAGAUCGGAGACUGGUGGAACAUGAGCUGCUGGCAAGAGGCAGAGUCCACGAGGAGUGGAGAGAGGAACAUCUCCGAGGAGAGCUGGAAAAAAUCCGGACUGAUCAGUUGUUCCAGAGCAGCUUUUCCCGGAGUAAAUCCAAAUCUGGGAGUUCGGCAGCAGUGGCCGGAGUCGCAGGGAUCGGGAAAACAACAAUGGUACAAAAGAUUGUUUAUGACUGGGCCACGGGGAAAAUAUACCAACAAUUCCAGUUUGUCUUCAGUUUCAAAUUCCGAGAUUUAAACUCCAUUAACUGCAGAAUAAACCUGAGGGAACUGAUCCUGGAUCAGUAUCCUUACUUUGGGAAUAUCCUGAGAGAGGUCUGGAAGAACCCAGAGGGAUUGCUGUUUAUAUUCGAUGGUUUGGAUGAAUUCAAGCACAGAAUUGAUUUUGCUGACAGUCGGAGAGAUACAGAACCCAAGCACCAGUGUCCAGAUCCCGAGUGGUGGUGUGAAGUGUCUGACAUUGUGUACAGUUUAAUCCAGGGCAAGCUGCUCCCAGGGUGUUUAGUGCUGGUGACCACCCGUCCCACUGCGUUACAUUUAUUGGAAAAGGCAAUGAUCAGUAUCUGGGCUGAAAUCAUGGGAUUUGUUGGUGAGGAACGGAAGGAAUAUUUCAUCAGGCAUUUUGAAGAUCAGACGGUGGCAGAAGCUGUUUUCAAACACGUGAAGGAGAACGAGAUCCUGUACACCAUGAGCUACAACCCCUCCUACUGCUGGAUCCUCGCUCUGGCACUGGGCCCCUUCUUCACACAAAGAGUCAGGGACCCGCAGCGAGUUCCCAAAACCAUCACCCAACUGUACUCCUACUAUAUUUACAACAUCCUGAAAAACCACGGCCGUGAGAUUGAGAACCCCCGUGAUGUGUUACUCAGGGUUGGUCAGAUGGCCUUCAGAGGAGUGUCCGAGAAGAAGAUUGUGUUUACAGAUGGAGAUUUGAUCAACUACAAUCUGCACCCUUCCCAGUUCCUGUCCGGGUUCCUGAUGGAGCUUUUGGAGAGAGAGGAUUCUGCCCGGAGCGUGGUGUACACAUUCUCACACCUCACCAUCCAAGAGUUUGUAGCUGCAGUCGCACAAUUCCUGAAUCCACAUCCCGGGGAUAUCCUGAUAUUCCUCACUGAGGCCCACAGCAUGACAGAUGGGCGAUUUGAGGUAUUUCUUCGUUUUGUUGCUGGUCUCUCCUCCCCAAUGACAGCUCGGGGCCUGGAGGAGUUUCUGGGUCCAUUUCCUCAUCAAACAACCUGCCGGGUGAUUGACUGGGUGAAGGAGGAGGUUAAACGCCGGAGUGGAAACACAUGGAGUGAAGCUGGUAAAAGGAGCCUCCUGAACACAUUGCACUACCUGUUUGAGUCUCAGAAUCGUGGACUGGCUCAGGCCACACUGGGAUCUGUGGAAACACUUUCAUUCAGUGGAAUGACACUGACCCCGAUUGACUGCGCGGUCCUGUCUCAUGUCAUCGGACUGUGUUAUACAAUAAAACACCUCGACCUGGAGAGCUGCCACAUUCAGUGUGAAGGAAUCCAGCGGCUGGGACCCGGGCUGCACAAGUGCCAGGAGUUGAGACUGAGUGGUAAUGAACUGGGAGAUUCAGGAGGGAAGCUGCUGUCUGCGGCUCUGAGGAACCCGGAGUGUAAAAUACAGAAACUGGGGCUGGAGGAUGUCGAUCUCACAGAUUCUGGUGCCGAGGAUCUCGCCUCCGCUCUCAAUGCAAACCCAUCACUGACGGAGCUGAACCUGGGUUAUAAUAAACUGGGAGAUUCAGGAGUGAAACUGGUGUCUGCGGCUCUGAGGAACCCGGAGUGUAAAAUACAGAAACUGUGGCUGUGGGGUGUCGGUCUCACAGAUUCUGGUGCCGAGGAUCUCGUCUCCGCUCUCAGUACAAACCCAUCACUGACGAUGCUGGACCUGGGAUUAAACUCGCUGACAGACCGAUCUGUCCCCGCUCUCCGCCGCCUCAUACUGACCCUCCCGAGUCUGGAGCGGAUCCGGCUGGACUGGAAUCAGUUCAGUCGGACCGGGAUGAAGGAACUGAGAUCUCUGCAGGAACCCAGACCCGGACUGACAGUGUCCGUGUGAACAUCUGAAUGUGUGAACAUCCCCGCCCGCGGGAUGGGGACAUUUUGGCCGAUUCCCCGCCCUCCCCUUUAACACCCCCCCCCCCACCUUCCCCUUACCUUUAAUGGCCGCGCGCCAGGUUUAAUUCCCAACGGUUUUUAACGGAACUGGCUUCAGCCUCGCGCUGUGUGCCGUUCGCGGGUCUCCCGUGGUGACGUAUUUCCGCCUCCUGUCCAGCGGCGCAGCUUCCGCCGGAUGUGCGGGUUCGAGACCCCGGGGAAUGACACAGACGGGAAGAGCCCGGGGGCCGGGGCUCAGUCUGGGACACCGGUGUCCCGGGGUGGGAUUAUCCCGGGAGUACGUAAUGCUGGCUGGCCUGCUGCGUUCACGGGCAGCUUUUACGUUUCAUGCCGGGGAAUUAAACGGACAGGAAGGGCCCGAUGAUGGCGGGUUUUUUUCUGAGACACGGGUGACUCCUGACCGGCGUGGAUAACUUCACUCACAUCAUCUCUGAACUGAUUCCACAACCUACGGACUCACUUUCAAAGAAUUUACAACUCGUGUCAUUAUUAUUUAAUAUUUUAUUUGCACAAAUUUCCCUUCCUUUGCACGUUGCUUGUUUGUUAGUCUUUGUUUUUAUAUAGUUUUUCAUAAAUUCUGCUAUAUUGAUUAAUUGUCCUGUAAAUGACUGCAAUAAAAUGAAUCUCAGGGUAGUAUAUGGUGACAAAUAAGAACUUUGAUAAUAAACAGCACGCAUCAAAGUUGCUGGUGAACGCAGCAGGCCAGGCAGCAUCUCUAGGAAGAGGUACAGUCGACGUUUCAGGCCGAGAC